AACACUAUCCGUACGAAAUAUAACAAUAGAAGAAAGACCCAUUUAUUACUUCAGCCUGAACAAAAACUGGCGCAAUUUUGGAUCAACCGACACGUGGUAAAGAAGAGUUCAGAAUAUCAAACACGUUUGCUCGUAUUGAGGAGAUAUGAAACGUAAAAUAAGCAUUUUUUUAACUGUAAUAAUUAUCGCAUAUUAGCUUAUUGACCCCCAUUACAAAAGUUGAUUUGAACAAAAAACCCUAAAAAAUGUUUCAUCCAAACCGCACUGCAGAAUAUGCCGUGCUUUUAGCUUAUUUCAAGUCGUUCUGCAGCAAUUUGAACAAACCUUAUCACCCAGCAUUCACUGAUCCGCGAGCAACGUUUCAUUACGCGUUAAGGCAUUGAGACGAUCAGAACCAUGAUUCCUCUUUGCCUGUUGUUGGUGUUUGUAAAUUAUAAUUUCCUAGCUGCGCAAGCUACUACACAGUGCGGCGUGAGACAAAUUAAGGUUCGUCGGUUGUUAACUAACGGCUACGAUACACAACCCGGAGACUAUCCAUGGCACUCGGCUGUUUUUCACCUGAAACCAAAAAGAGAGUACGUUUGCGGAGGCUCUCUUAUCUCCCCUAGAGCGAUCGUCACAUCGGCCCACUGUGUAACCGUACCGAAUCGAAAUAUGGUACGUAAUGCGGAUGAACUGCUGGUGAAACUGGGCCUAUACACUCUCUUCGAGGAUUCGGAAUCGGUUCAGGAGCAUUCGAUCGUUCGUACUAUCAUACACAAUGCAUUCACGCACGAAGCCUUCCAAAAUGAUAUCGCUCUACUAAUCACACAAUCCCAGAUCAACUUCAACAACUAUGUACAACCUGUAUGCUUACCUAAGAAAUCUUUACUAAGAACAACAGUUCCGGGUGUAGUCUUGGGAUGGGGAUACACAGAAGACAUGAAUGUGGCAAACGUACUCCGAGCAGCAUCAGCACCGAUCGUGAGCCAUCGGGAAUGUCGUGAGAGUAACACGGUUGCGUAUGGUAGCUUACUGGAUGAAACAAUGUUCUGCGCAGGAUGGCGCAACGGUACCAAUCCUUGCAAUGGAGACAGCGGUGGUGGCCUGUUUAUGCAAACCGAUUCCGGCAGAUGGAUCCUAAAUGGCAUCGUGACCGUCACUGCGGCUAACAGACAAAACGAAAACGCGUGCAGCACAUCCGAUUAUACCGUGUUCGUCGAUGUAGCCAAGUACGUCAAAUGGAUUGAUCAGCAGCUACAGAUCCGCCGUGUUCCUACCACCAAAAGAUACGUGGUGCACAACAACAGACCUGUGACAUUCUUCGAAGCGUGGAGAAAUUGCCAACACCUCGGACAUGGACUAGCUACAAUCACCAGCAAGGCUGACAGUGACUUGAUUGCAGCGGCAAUCAAUACGUCGAGCUCUACUACAGGACCUUGGUGGAUCGGUGGCACAGAUCUCGGCUAUGAAGGAAUUUUUACGUGGAUUACCACGAAUCAGCUGGUCGGCUACGGAACAGGGUACCUCAAUUUCUCUCCUCACCAACCGGAUAAUUACGACGACAAUGAACAUUGCUUGGAAAUAGGUCGUUGGGGAGGUGUUGCUUGGAACGAUGCUGUUUGCGAUACAAAGCAGAAAUUCAUCUGUGAAUAUUUUGCAUGAUUGUUAUUAUGUUCAAAAACGAUUGAUGUUCAAAAUGAAAAUGAAAUAAAAUGGAAGAAAUUGCAUUGAGGAAAUUAAUAGAAUCAUGAUCGACAAUUUUUCACUUAAAUAAUUUUCAAACAAAGAAUAUCGAACCUAUAAGGUCAAAGCAAGUGAUUUGCAAAGAAUAAAGUUAGAUGUUCUAGCAAAAAAAAAUCACAAGGCCUUUGUGACCGAAAUUGUCGAAUUUACAGACGAAAGUGUGGUGGACUAUAGAGGUGGGCUUUUACUUAUGCCGUUCACUGUACCUUCUUGUAGC